AUGUCUUCUCAAAACACCGACAAGCUGCGUGCCGAGUUGUUCGAACAGGGUCUCAAGAAUCGCCGAGAGGUUGUUGGGGAAACGUACGUCGAGAACGCCUUGCGUAAUGGAUCAAGCGAGUUCGCGUACGCUCAGCAAGAACUGAUAACCGAAUGGGCCUGGGGAAACAUAUGGUCCCGUCCCGGUCUCGAGCGCAAGCAGCGUAGCCUUCUGAACAUUGGAAUGCUCAUUGCUCUGAAGAGCUGGGCCGAGUUUGGAAUCCACAUUCGUGGCGCCAUCAGAAAUGGACUCACUGAGCUCGAGAUCCAGGAGGCAAUUCUCCAAGCUACUGUGUACUGUGGGGCACCCGCUGGCGUCCAGGCUAUGAAGGUAGCAGAUGAGGCUAUCAAGGAUAUGGUAGAGAAAGGAGAGCACAAGAGACAGAUGGCGGAUGUCUCUCCCAAUUUCAAACAAAGUCUAUCCGCUGCCGCUACAGGAGGUAUGCACCUCCUGACCGGCGAGACUGAUCUCAAGCAAGGCAACGAGCACGACGAAUACAUAUCGCCGACUAGAGUCUCCCUGAGGGAUCGCAUGAGCAUCCGCUCUAGGAGCCCUGCCGAGGACAGCUUCUCGUCUUUGGAUGUGUUCUUUGAGCGAACGGUGUCACUUCCUUCUAUUCGGGAGAGUGAAAGUGACCACGACAGCCAGUUCCGCAAUCCCUUUGCAGACACGAACUCUGUGGACGACACAUCGCCGAAUGAAUCUCGGAAUCCGUUCGACGAUUCAAGCGCCGAGGAAACACUGAAUGAGCAGCCCCCGGAGCCGCCCUAUCACAUCUUCAACAAGAGGCAAAAGUGGUUUGUUAUUGUCAUUAUAGGUACUGCUGGACUCUUCUCUGGCCUAUCGUCAAACAUCUAUUUCCCCUCUCUCGACGCCAUCUCACGCGAUUUGCAUGUGAGCGCUGAGAUGGUGUCGCUGACGAUUACGUCUUACCUCAUUAUCCAAGGCAUUUCACCACUCAUUUGGGGCUCAAUUUCAGACGCCUUAGGGAGACGACCUAUCUACAUUGCAUCCUUUGCUGUCUACAUUAUCGCCAACAUCGGCUUGAGCUUUUCGCCAAAUUUUGCCGUCCUCAUGAUUUUCCGUGGAUUGCAAGCGGCUGGGAGUGCUUCGACCGUGAGCAUUGGAAACGGUGUCAUCCAGGAUAUCUCUCCUCCUGCCGAGCGGGGAGAGUUCAUUAGUUUUUACCAGGCGAUCCGAAACUUCAGCAUCGCGGUUGGGCCUGUGCUCGGCGGUCUGCUCGCAAACUUCCUCGGUUUCCGAUCUAUCUUCGUCUUCCUUUUGAUACUCUCCUCGGUGGUCACUAUUGUGAUCAUCUUCUUUCUGCCCGAGACCAUGCGCAGCAUUGCCGGGAAUGGCUCGCUCCGGUUGGGGGGCGUUUACAAGCCUCUGAUACGCUUUGUCACAAAGGAGCCCGACUAUCUGGAGGACCCGGAAGAACCGCUCCCGCGGCCAAAGGUGACACUGGCUACCUUUCUGGAACCAUUACGACUUCUGGUGCAGAAAGACAUUCUCGUUAACCUGGUCUUUGGUGGUGUGGUUUACACCAUCUGGAGCAUGGUUACGUCCAGCACUACUGGGCUUUUCAAACAGUUGUUUAAUCUGAGCGAACUUCAAAUUGGUUUGGCGUUUUUACCCAAUGGAUUCGGGACGAUCGUUGGCUCAGCCAUCGCUGGCAAGCUGAUGACCAGAGAUUAUCUCGCCGCGGAAGAAUUAUACAAAGCAACACACAAUGUCGAAACCACCGGCAAACUGACCGCGAAGAACAUGCCCGCCGACUUCCCGAUAGAGCGAGCCCGACUUCGACGCCUUCCGUGGGUCGUCGUGAUCUUCGUUGCUUCGACGGGGGCCUAUGGUGUAUCACUCAACUUUCCGUCUGUAACCUCGCUGGUUGGGUGGAUUGCUGUGCCGCUUACACUCCAGUUCUUCAUUGCUGCGACCAGCAAUGCUGUCUUUGCCCUGAAUCAGACUCUCGUCACAGAUCUUUGCCCUGGGAAAGGAGCAAGUGCGACAGCUAUCAACAACUUGGUUAGGUGCGGGCUGGGCGCCAUCGGUGUUGCGUUCAUAGAGACAUUCAUCGCUUCCACUGGACCUGGAGCCGCCUUUCUUGGAUUGGCCCUCGUCACAGUUGUGGUUGGUCCGUUGGCGGUUAUUCAUUGGUACUGGGGCCAGCAGUGGAGAGCCGAGAGGACGAAUGCAAAGAUGACUGCCGAGAACGAGAAAGCAUCUGGAAGCUGA